AUGCGCGCUUACUUAAAAAUUGCCUUACUCGUUUUAUUCAUUUGCGCUGUAUCAAGCAAACCAAUUUCAACAUCUUCGAAUGAAGAAAAUAACAAUGAAAUACAGCAAGAAGCAAAUCGUGAUUUAGAUGAACUUUUAUCUUUAAGUCGUCAAAACUAUUUACUAGAUGAUGACAACGACGAAAAAACUGAUACUCAACCUGCACAAGUAGAGAGUGAAUCGGAUGAACCAAAUAUUCGUGAUGAAAAUGAUGAGGAUGAAAUAAUUGACACUCAACCUGUAGAAGCAGAAAGUGAAUCGGAUGAAUCAAACAAUAAUAAUGAUGAUGACGAAGACGAACCGAUGAAAGAAGUUCGAAAGAAACGUCAAAUAGAAGAUGACAAAAAUACUGAUACUCAAUCUUCAGAAGCAGAAAGUGAAUCGGAUAAACCAAAUAAUGGUGACGAAAAUGAUCAAGACGAAACAAUUGAUACUCAAUCUGUAGAAGCAGAAAGUGAAUCGGAUGAAUUAAAAAAUAAUAAUGAUGAUGACGAAGACAAACCGGUAGAAGAAGUUCGAAAGAAACGUCAAAUAGAAGAUGACGAAAAUACUGAUAGUCAAUCUUUGGAAGUAGAAAGUGAAUCGGAUGAAUCAAAAAAUAAUAAUAAUGACGAGGAAGAUCCGGCGGAAGAAGUUCGAAAGAAGCGUCAAAUAGCAGAUGAUGACAACGAUGAUGGUAAUGACGAUGACUUAUAUAACACUAAUGAAACAGGUGAAACAGAGCAAGCUUCUCAAAAUGAACCAGUAUAUGAUCAAUCAAAUGACGAAAACAAUGCAGAAUCGAACAAUAUUAACAGUGACAGCCAAUCGAAUGAAAUCAUUGAAUAA